UCCCAAAGUGCUGGGAUUACAGGCGUGAGCCUCCUCACCCGGCCCCCAUUGAAGUUUUAUCAUGAGAUAGUAGCAAUUCAGGCACAUUUUCAACCUCUCCUUCAAAUUCUAGUUCUCUUGCAGUUAUUUUCUCCACUGAAGUCUUAGUCUGCUCAAAGUCAUUCAUGAGGUUUGGAAUCGACUUUUCCAAACUCCUGUUAAUGUUGCUAUUUUGACCUACUGCCAUGAAUCAUGAGUGUUCUAAAUGACAUCUAGAAAGGGGAAUCCUUUCUAGAAGGUUUUCAAUUUACUUUUUCUGGAUCCAUCAGAGGAAUCACUGUCUAUGGCAGCUAUAUAGCCUUACACAGUGUAUUUUUUAAAUAAUAAGAUGUGAAAGUUGAAGUUACUCCUUGAUCUAUAUGGACUGCAGAAUAGAUGUCGCAUUAGCAGGCAUGAAAACAACAUUCAUCUCUUUGUACAUCUCCAUCAGAACUCUUGGGUGACCAGGUGCAUUACCAGUGAGCAGUAAUAUUUUGAAAGGAAUCUUUUUUUUUUUUUCCUGAACAGUAGGUUUCAACAGUGAGCUUAAGGUAUUCAGUAAAUCAUGCUGUAAAUACAUGUGCUGUCAUCCAGGCUUUGUUGUUUCAUUUCUAGAACACAGGCAGAGCAGAUUUAACAUCAUUCUUAAGGUACCUAGGAUUUUCUGAAUGAUAAGUAUUGGCUUCAACUGAAAGUCACCAACUGCAUUAGCCCCUAACCGGAGUCAGCCUGUCCGUUGAAGCCAGGCAUUGACAUCUCUCUAGCUAUGAAAGUCCUAGAUGGCAUCAUCUUUCAAUAUAACACUGUUUGUCUAUGUUGAAAAUCUGUUUAGUGUAGCAACCACCGUCAUCAAUGAUCUCAACUAGGUUUUCUGGAUAACUUGCUGUAGCUUCUACAUCAGCACUUGCUGUUUCACCUUGUAUUUUUAUGUUACAGAGAUUACUUCAUUCCUUAAACCUCAUGAACCAACCUCUGCUAGCUUCCAACUUUUCUUCUGAAGCUUCCUCAUAUCUGUCAGCCUUCACAGAGUUGAAUAGAGUUAGGGCCUAGCUCUGGAUUAGGCUUUGGCUAAAGGGAACGUUGUGGCUGGUUUGAUUUUCUAUCCAAACCACUCAAAACUUGCCCAAUUUCAGUAAUAGGGCUGUUUUUCUUUCUUAUCAUUUAUUCGUUCACUGGAGUAGUGCUUUUAAUUUCCUUCAAUAACUUUCCCUUUGCAUUCAUAACUUGUCUAAUUGUUUGGCACAAGACUAGCCUUCAGCCUGCGUUGGCUUUUGACAUACCUUCCUCAGUCAACAUAAUCCGUUCUAGCUUUUGAUUUAAAGUGAGAGACCCUUACUUCUUCCUUUCACUUGAACACUUAGAGGUCAUUGUUGGGUCAUUAAUAGGCUUAAUUUCAAUAUUCUUGUGUCUCAGGGAAUAGGAGGCCUGAGGAGAGGGAGAGAGACUGGUGAAUGGGUGAUGGGUGAAACAGAACACACGCAACAUUUAUCAGUGAAGUUUGCCGUCUCAUGUGGGCAGUUUGUGGCACCCCAAAGCAACUGUGAUAAUAACAUUAAAGAUCGUUGAACACAGGUCCCAUAGCAAUAUAACAGCAAUGAAAACAUUGGAAAUAUUGUGAGAAUUACUGAAGUGUGACACAGAGACAUGAAGUGAGCACAUACUGUUGGAAAAAUGGUGCUAAUGGACUUGCCACAAACCGUCAAUUUGUAAAUAAUGCAAUUAUCUAUGAAGUACAAUAAAGCAAGGCACAAUAAAACGAGGUAUACUGGUGUGCAGAGUCUACCUCCUUUACUGUUAUGUCCAUGAUCCAAGCACCUUGUUUUCCUGAAUUAUUAUAGUAGUUUCCAAAAUGACCUCCCUGCUUCUGCAUUUGCUUCCUUAUAGUCUGUUCUCAGCACACUAGCUAAUGUGGUCCUAUUAAAAUAUAAGUCCAAUCAUGUUAUUCCUCUGCUAAGUACUUUCCAGUGUUUUUCCAGUUCAUCCAGAAUAAAAGCCAAAAUCCUUACCAGGGUUGACAAAGCUGCCUCCUCUCCCCAUCCCAUCCCCCUGACACUCUCCUGGCAUAAUUUGCUUUUCUGCUCCAUGGCCUCCUUGCUGCUGUUCCAACAAGGCAGGCAUGUUUCUGCCUCUGGGGAUUUGCCCUUGCUGGCAUUCCCUUUGAGUUGAAAAACUCUUUCCCUCAAUAUUCUAAUGGUUUGUUUCUUCACUUCAUUUAGGUCUCCAUUCAGAUGUCAACUCGACAAGAAAGAGAGAAAAACCUCAGCAAGUUCUACUAGUUCAUCUUCUAUAAGAUCAGUUUCAUCAGAAAAGAGAAAACGGAAAUCAGAUCAUAUAGAUGUUCUGUACUGUAAUAUAAAAAGAAGACAAGAACAGAAAAGAUUGAGUGUAGAAAUUGACACUCUCAGAAGGAGACCAAAAAUCAGUUCUUCAUCCCAAAGACCUAUUAAACUCCAAGAAGCAUCAAAUUCAAAUGACAAUCAAAUUAUAUCACAGAGUCCUUCUUCAAAUGGAACUAAAAGAGACAUACAUAAAUGUGUAGACUUUAAACAUAAAGAUAUCAAAUUGACAAAUGCUAGGAGCAAGCUUGACCAUGGAAUUAAAAGCCUUAGUAGUUCUAAGAUUGCCAGUGAUGUGAAACUUAAAGCCGAAGGCCAGGCAAGUGAAAAUAAAUGGUCUCAUUUACUUGUUCAGAGAGAGAAGAUGAAAGAACUCAAGAAAGAAAGAAACAAUAAAUUUAGAGACAAUUCUGAAAAAUGUGUCUUAGAGAAAUGGAAGAGAAAUCAAUUUUCUCAGGAUUAUAACUCCAACAAGAUAAUGAAGGAACCCUUGGAAUCUAGAAGACAGAAGAUCAGUUUCAAAAUCCCUAUAAAAUCUCAUGACACCCUCCAGAAACUUGUAGAAGAAAAUGUCUUCAAUUUAGAUUCUAACAAGUUGAAGACUAAGCAGGAAGAAAAAGAAUACCUGGAAAGCUCCCAGGUUUCAUUAAAUGUAACUAGGCAGAAAACUGAACAUUUACUUUCAGAUUUCACAUAUAAGCAGACUGUUCAUGAAUGGAAACGAAAACAUCAUUAUGGCCGUCAAGAAAGUAAUGAUUCACAUUCUAGUGAAAACCUAACCCAGAGUUUUGAAGCACCAUGUUCUUCAGUGUCAUCUGAAAGUAUCCAGGAUACAGACCAAGAGAUGCAGAUAGUAGAAGAGCUUCAUGCUGCACGUGUGGGAAAAAGUGUGGAUUUACCUGGAGAGUUAAUGAAUAUGGAAAUUGACUUAGAAGAUGAUGUACAUUCUUCCUCUGGUAUACCCUCAAAUAAUACUUCAGACAGAAAACUUCUAAUUGUUAUUGACACAAAUAUUCUGAUGAAUCAUCUCAAAUUUGUUAGAAUUCUGAAGACAACAGAAGUACCAGGUUUUGACAAACUUGUGUUAAUAAUUCCCUGGGUCGUUAUGCAAGAGCUAGAUCGUAUGAAAGAAGGAAAACUACUAAAACAUGCCCAGCACAAAGCUAUACCUGCAGUUCAUUUCAUCAACGAGAGUCUCAGAAAUCAAGAUAGAAAGCUAUGGGGUCAAUCAAUACAACUUGCAUCCCAAAAACAUUAUGGAUUGAGUGAUGAGAACAAUGAUGAUCGAGUACUAAAAUGCUGUCUCCAGCACCAGGAAUUAUUCCCUUGUUCUUUUGUUAUUCUGUGCACGGAUGAUAGAAACUUAAGAAACAAAGGCCUAAUAAGUGGUGUGAAGUCACUCAGUAAAGAAGAAUUGAGUGCAGAGUUGUUACACUUAUCUCUGAACACAGAUGUGUGUCAUCAGCCUUGUAUUCCUAAGCAACAGUUGAAAGCAGAAACAACACCCUUGAAAGAGAGCUAUGAGGAAGAAUCUAUAAAUUCUGGACUGGCCAUUCUACUUGAGAGCAUUGUAUCUGAUCUUGAAAAAUCUCUUGGAACAGGUUUAUCUUCAAUAUUAGAAACAGAAAUGAAAAUUGCUUUUGGAAACCUUUGGAUGGAGAUCCUGUACCUGAAACCUCCAUGGACUCUACUACAUUUACUACAGUGCUUUAAAAAACACUGGUUGGCUGUAUUUGGAUUAGUUAUGGAAAAGAACUUGCUUUUAACUAUUGAGAGCCUAUAUAAAAAUCUCUGUAAAGCUAAUAAGGCAGUGGAUUUUACAACAGUCAAAUUCUUGCUUCAGGAUUCUAGAAGUUUGUUACAUGCUUUCAGUACAAGGUCAAAUUAUGAUGGUAUUCUUCCACAGACCUUUGCUCAAGUAAACAAACUCCUUCAGACAUUUGCAGAGGUCAAGACAAAACUUAAGCCAAAUUCUUCAGAAAACACAGUGACUAAAAAGCAGGAAGGUACUUCAUUGAUGAAGUCUCAUAAUCAAGAAAUCACUGUUUUCUCGAGUUCUCAUCUUCCCCAACCCAGCAGGCAUCAAGAAAUCUGGUCUAUCCUAGAGAAUGUUUGGAUUACAAUAUAUCAGAACAGCACGGAUGUGUUUCAGAGAUUGGGCUCAAAUUCAGCUCUGACUACAUCAAAUAUAGCAUCAUUUGAAGAAGCUUUUAUAUAUCUUCAAAAGUUAAUGGCAGCUGUGAGGGAUAUUCUUGAAGGAAUUCAAAGGAUUUUGGCCCCAAACAGUAAUUAUCAAGAUGUUGAGACCCUCUAUAACUUCCUAAUCAAGUAUGAGGUAAAUAAAAAUGUCAGAUUUACUGCCCAGGAACUUUAUGAUUGUGUCUCUCAGACUGAAUAUCGGGAAAAGUUAACCAUUGGAUGCCACCAGCUGGUUGAGAUGGAAUAUACCAUGCAGCAGUGCAAUGCAUCUGUUUAUAUGGAGGCCAAAAACAGGGGAUGGUGUGAAGACAUGCUGAACUAUAGGAUAUAAGUACUGAUUUGUAACUUUAAAGGAAUUGCAUUUGUCCUUAAGAAUAACAGAGUAGUUUUCAAUCUGGUCAGUCUUUUGGGCCAAACCCAAGGGAAUUUUAAGAAGCUUCAUAGGUACAAAAAGGUGAUCGCCUAUUACUGACAAUCUCGUUGAAUCUCUAAGAAGCCUAACGUGUCCACUAUGGAAUAAACUCCGUAGACUCCUCUCUUCUGGAGUUCGCAAUGCCUCCCUACCUCUACUCUUGAUAGUGAGCCAGUAUCUCUAAGGAAAGGAGAGACGUAUUUUUAGUCAUCCUAGGGCAAGAGCCACUGUGGCACCUGAGGAAGACCCAGAGUACAGUAUUAGCAUUUCUGUCAAACCUAGGUAUGGGCAUGUGACCAGAGACACUGCCAAACCCUAAGAAAUCAUUAGGACAUGAUCAUGCUCACUGUAUUCCACAAAUGAAAUCUUACUGUGGGCUGUUUUUUGUGAUCAAACUGUCAUCCAUGUUGACCUGGUGAAAAUAACACCCUCCUUCACCUCCCUCAAGGUAUUGAAAUAGAAAUUUGACUUAAGCUCCUACUUCCUUAUACAGCCUUUCCUUCUGUGGGCUUGUCACUUUUCAGUGCAUUUCUAGUGGGGAAGAGCAGGGUGACCCCUCUGCUGAGUUUCUCCUUAAAUGUGAAGCAUAGUAGAUUUAUGUAAUAGAAUUUGGUGGCAGUGACUGAUGUUUGCCUCUAGCUAAAACCAACUGUUAAGUUGACUUUUUAGUUAUGGGAUAAGUUGGAAAUCCUUGUUUACUGGAAUAUAUUAUGCUUUUGUUAACACAUUAGAUUAAAUCGAAUUUGGUAUUCUAUUAUAAAUGUUUAUUUUUUAAAGCAAUAAAUAACUUAUUUUUGGUAAGAUUUGGCUUUUUACUUCCAAAUUGUUUCUGAUAUGUAUGUAAGGUGUGAUUAUAAAAGUGACUCUCUCCAAUAAAAGAGAACUUGUUCAGGA